UCACAGUGCACUGCAAAAGGCAGAGCCUCACCUGCUCUCUGAACAUUUUACAGCUACUGGUCCUAAGAAAGAAUGGAUGCAGCAAACUGCAGAUUUCCUACACUGAGCAUGCAGUGGCUGUUGGCUGUCUUCAUAUGUCUGUUAAACUGGGGCUUCCCAGGAGUUUACGGGUACUUCUUGAGGAGCUCCUCCAGGUGUAUGCUCAUUCCAAGAAGUAUGGCCUUGUGCUACGACAUUGGAUAUUCAGAUAUGCGCAUCCCCAACCUGCUGGAACAUGAGACUAUGGCAGAGGUGAUCCAGCAGUCUUCUAGUUGGCUGCCCUUGCUAGCCAGAGAGUGCCACCCAGAUGCCAGGAUCUUCCUCUGCUCACUCUUUGCACCUAUCUGCUUGGACAGGUUCAUCUACCCCUGCCGCAGCCUCUGUGAAGCUGUUAGGAACAGCUGUGCUCCAAUCAUGGCUUGCUAUGGCUACCCAUGGCCUGAAAUCCUGAACUGCAACAAGUUCCCUGCAGAUCACAACUUAUGCAUUUCAACAAUCACUGAUGAAACCACUUCGAGCAGGAGAACAGUGCCCCAAGCCAGCUGUAGGGACUGUGAGCUCGAGGAAGCCAGCACCACCAAGGAGAUACUGGAAAACUUCUGUGCCAACGAUUUCACUGUGAAAAUGAGAAUCUCCAGGAAGAACAUGACCUCCACCAUCUCUGCUUUUGACAUGGAUUCCAAGCUGGAGGUUUUGAAGCAUGGCCCCCUCCUCCGGGCAGAAAUCCACCCAAGACUGCAGCACUGGCUAGACCUAGAUGCCACCUGUGUUCGCAACAUCAUGAGAGGUACACACACAGGAGUCUAUGUCAUCAGUGGAGAGGUGCAGAAUGACAAGGUGGUCGUAAACAAGGCCUAUGCAUGGCACAAGAAGAACAGGAACCUGCAGCAGGCUGUGCGGCGAUGGAAACACCACCGGUGCCGAGCAUAG